AUGAUUGAGAAUACUAUAACAAUUAAUGAUGGAGCUGGUGAUGGAUUGUCAUAUGACAUCACACCAACAUCAAUGUCCUUCAGAAAUGUUGGAUACACAAUCACCAAGAACAACAAACCAAAGAACAUCAUCAGUAACAUCUGGGGCAAUAUUGAACCAGGUGACUUUGUAGCUAUUGUCGGUCCAUCAGGAUCUGGAAAGACAACAUUAUUGGAUGUAUUGGUUGAAAGAAAGACUAUUGGUGAUGUUUAUGGUGAUAUUAUUGUAAACAAUAGUCGAAUGACUAAUGAUAUCCAACAUCUAUGUGGUUAUGUCACUCAAGAGGAUGUAUUCCUACCAACUCUAACAGUGAGUGAGGUAUUAUAUUAUUAUGCCAACUUGAAGUUGGCAAGCCAUGUGAGCGUCGAUGAGAAGGCCAAGUUGAUUGAAUCAGUCUUGCGAACAGUUGGUCUAAAUGGCAAGGAGGACUACAAAAUUGGAGGACUACUGCCUGGCGGCAACUACCUACGUGGUCUAUCCGGUGGCGAGAAGAAGAGGUUGAACAUUGGAUGUAGUCUUGUGAUGGCACCUUCAUUCAUUGUGUUGGACGAGCCUACCAGUGGACUGGAUUCGACUAGUGCACUACAGGUCGUUCAGACCUUGCAACGAUUAUGUCGAAAGGGUGUCACAGUAGUAUGCACCAUCCAUCAACCACGCAUGGAGAUUCUCUCCAUGUUCACCAAGUUCCUACUCAUUGUCAAAGGUACUCAACUAUACUUUGGACGUGAUAUCUUUGGAUACUUUGAGAACAAAGGUUAUACUUGCCCAUCUGGAAUGAACUCAAUGGACUUCCUAAUGGACUCAAUGAUACAUUUGGAGAAUAAUAACAGGACAGUGUUUGAUGAGAUGGCCAACGAUAUCAAUACCAUCAUAUCACCAAACAUUAAUAGUGUAAUCAACAAUGUAUUGAAUGAUGAGAAGUUGAUCGUAAAUGAUAGUCCACAAAAGAAAUAUGCUGGCAACGUAUCAAUGUUUACUCAAAUAAGAGUUAUAUUUGUAACGAGUGCCAUCCAUACAUUGAGGAAUCCAGGCAAUUUCUUCCUUAGGACAUUGGUAUCAGUUGUGGUUGCCUUGUUGUUUGGAGCAUGUUUCUAUCAACUUGGUUACAAUCAAACUCAACUACUUCAACGAGUGGCCAUCAUGUACUCUGUAAUCACCUCCCUCCAACUCACUCCAUUCAAGACAAUAUCAUUGUUCCUGGAAUCAAGAUACCUUUAUAACAAGGAGAGGGCAUCAAAGGUACACUCGGCAUUCUCAUACUUCUUCAGUUACAUUAUGUGUGAGCUGAUCAUGUCUUUGAUCGUGGCCAUUGUGUUCACUACUAUUGUAUAUUGGAUCGCAGGUCUACGUAGCACACCAUCAGCAUUCUUCUUUGCUCUACUGGUCAACUGUUUGAUACACCUAUGGUCAGUGUUAUUCAUUGUUUUCUUAUCCAAUGUGACUGGAACAAGUGACAACACAUUCUCAGUUGGAUCUGGAUUCACUAUCAUAUACCAACUAUUCCUCGGAUUCCUCGUGCCUGUCAAGAGUCUACCAGUCGGCUUUGCCUGGAUACAUUAUCUCAAUCCACUAUACUAUGCAUUCAACGCAUGGAUCAUUAGUGAGUUUGAGGGAAUUGAGUUCCCAUGCACACCAGGUGAGGUAUGUUUCUUCAACAAUGGAUCAGAGCUGAUUGAAUUCUAUGGUUCCAAGGACUUUACCAAAGCUGGAUGUGUCAGUAUCCUUGUAGCCUUCCUAGUAUCUUUCUACAUCUUUUCAUAUCUAGCUCUUAGAUUCUUCUCCAAGGAGCGAAGAUAA